GGGGCUUCAAGCUGUGACGCGGCACGUUUAUAUACACUGAUGCGCAUCCGCGGAACAUGUCGGCAUCCGAGACAACGACGAAGGAGCCUCCUGAAAGAAAUGACUCAAAAACACCAGCAGAGUCAUUAUCUGGACCAAGUCAAGUAAAGGAAGAUAAUGCAGCCUCCACCGCAGCUGCUGUUGCCAAGAAGACAGAGCCUAUGGGUGGUAUGUCAUCACUGUUGUUAUCUCAGCAGCCUGGGAAAGACACGUCUAGAGCUGGAGAGGAGGGAGAUAAAUGGUCACCUGCCGCCUCCCCAAACAAACCUGCUGCAGGUCACGCAGCAAAGUCCAUUUCAUCGACGGCCCCCUCUCCGUUGUCAUCUCCUUCUACAUCUUCAACAUUGUCCCCUGGCCGAGCAAAGAUGAGUGUUUCCGGACCUGGCAGUAGUAAAUCCGUCCUGGCACCUGCUCCUUCCUCCUCCUCUUCUUCCUCUUCCUCCUCUUCCUCUUCUUCGUCCUCUGCCACAGCUUCCUCAUCUCCGUCUGUCUCCCCUGGCCCACCCAAGAUUCAUCGGGCCCGCAAGACCAUGAACAGGCCUCCACCAGGGCAGAUGAGCCAUGUUGAGCGACCUGUUGCGUCAGUGACACCCUCAGGAUCCUCAGACUCUGAGACUGUCGCAAAAAGGAGAAAACUGGGUCAUUCAUCUAACGGCACACCAGAGAAGUCUGAGAACGUUCCAGAAAAUGCUCAAACUAUGGAAGAAACAUUAUCCCAUAAAAAGACUGCGCCAGAGAAGAGCAACAGUGGUGUGAGGAAGUCGGAGGAGGAGGUAGCAGAGAAAAGUGAGAUUUCAAGUCCGUCCACGCGAGAUUCAGAAAAGUUUGAAGAUGCAGAAUUAAGGCAGCACACUAAAGACACAGAGGGGUCAGUGGACAUGUCAGAUCAUGGUUCAGAGUCUGAGACACCGAGAGCUGUCAAGAGUAGAAAUGAAAGCGAGGAGUCUUCAUGGCCGCCUUCAGACCAGGACAGAGAGAGAAACACAGCUGAUGUGGUGGAGACAGUGGGAGCAGGAAGGUCCAAUGAAUACACGGAGGUUCCCCUGGGCGCUCUGGACAUCGCUGCUGCAGACAGUCUGACACUUUCUCCUCAUCAUGAAGGAAGCGAUGCAGGAGACACAGAGCGGCUGGAGGAGCUUCCUCUGUGCAGCUGCAGGAUGGAGGCUCCUCGAGUCGACAGCACCAGCCAGCGUAUCAGCAGACAGUGUAUGGCCACUGAGAGCAUCAAUGGAGAGCUGAGGGCCUGUACCAAUCGGACCAUUAAAGGAGAGACCAUGCGGCCGUCGAGUCGAGUGCCCCUCAUGGUGCUUUGUGACGUCCAUCGCUCGCACAUGGUCAAACACCACUGCUGUCCUGGGUGUGGAUACUUCUGCAUAGCGGGCACGUUUCUCGAAUGCUGCCCAGACCAGCGCAUUGCUCACCGUUUCCACCGGGGUUGUGUGACAGUGCUUGGCGGCGGACGCAGUAGAUCAAACGGCGGUGGCAUGCUUUUCUGUCCCCACUGCGGCGAAGAUGCCUCCGAGGCCCAGGAGGUCACGAUCCCCUCCUUCAGCUCGGCCACGGCCUCCGCAACCACUGUCGUCACCAUGUCAGCCUCCUCUACCACCACUCCGUCUCUGCCGCCGUCUGCCCCUACGGCGCCCUCCCUCACAGCCUCAACAGGAGGGAUGAAGGACGGGAAGAUGCCUGAAAGGCCUGUCAGCGCCCGGAUGCGUAGCCAUGGCUUGAUAACACUGGCAGUGGAGCAGCAGCAGCAGCAGCCCCAGCCCCCACAGACUGUCGCCAACGUCCCCCCAGCUGAAGAGGGGGUGGACAGUGUGGGACCUUCUCUCUGUAUGCCAAAUGGGAAACCCAUCAGUCCCAGUGCACUUCCACCUGGGCCCAGCAGGGCGGCGCUGCAGAAGGCCAUUCUUACACAGGACACUGAGAGGAGGAAGAAACUGAGGUUCCACCCCCGCCAGCUUUACCCUGCUGCCAAGCAAGGAGAGGUGCAGAGAGUACUGCUCAUGCUGAUGGAGGGCAUAGAUCCAACAUACCAGCCAGACUCUCAGAACAGGCGCUCUGCUCUCCAUGCCGCAGCUCAGAGAGGUCUGAUGGAAAUCUGCUACAUACUCAUACAGGCUGGCGCUCAAGUGGAUGCCCAGGACAAAGACCUGAGGACUCCUCUGUUGGAAGCAAUCAUCAACAAUCACAUUGAGGUGGCCCAUUACCUCGUCCAGAACGGUGCCUGUGUCUAUCAUACUGAGGAGGAUGGGUAUACUGGACUUCACCACGCAGCCAAGCUGGGAAACCUGGAGAUUGUCAACUUGCUUCUGGAAACGGGGCAGGUUGAUGUGAACGCACAGGACAGCGGCGGCUGGACCCCAAUCAUUUGGGCUGCAGAGCACAAGCAUGUAGCGGUGAUCAAAGCGCUGCUUAACAGGGGGGCUGAUGUCACCAUUAAUGAUAAGUCCUUUCCCUCCCUUCAGGAGCUGAACGUGUGUCUCCACUGGGCAGCGUAUGCAGGUAAUGUAGACAUCGCAGAGCUCGUGUUGAACUCUGGCUGUUCGCUCAGCUCGGUUAACAUGCACGGAGACACCCCGCUCCACAUCGCCGCCAGAGAGGGUUACUUGGAAUGUGUUACGUUGUUCCUGUCCAGAGGUGCAGACAUUGACAUCAUGAACAGGGAAGGAGACACGCCUCUUAGCCUCGCGCGGGCUGACACGCCGGUGUGGGUGGCACUCCAGAUCAACAGGAAACUGAGAAGGGGAAUAACCAAUCGUAUGCUUCGGACUGAGAGAAUCAUCUGCAGCGACAUUGCGCAGGGCUAUGAGAACGUACCGAUCCCCUGUGUGAACGCAGUAGACGACGAGGGCUGUCCUUCAGACUACAAAUAUGUUUCAGAAAACUGUGAAACAUCAGCAAUGAACAUAGACCGCAACAUUACACACUUACAGCACUGCAGCUGCACUGAUGACUGCUCUUCUAGUAACUGCCUCUGUGGACAGCUCAGUAUCCGCUGCUGGUAUGACAAGGACCAGCGGCUGCUCCAGGAAUUCAACAAAAUUGAGCCUCCUCUCAUAUUUGAAUGCAACAUGGCAUGUUCCUGUUACCGAACAUGCAAGAACAGGGUGGUGCAGGCUGGCAUCAAAGUUCGUCUUCAGCUCUACAGGACAGAGAAGAUGGGCUGGGGAGUUCGAGCUCUGCAGGAUAUUCCCCAGGGGAGCUUCAUCUGCGAAUAUGUCGGGGAGCUCAUCUCUGACGCAGAGGCAGAUGUUAGAGAAGAUGACUCCUACCUGUUUGACCUGGACAACAAGGACGGAGAGGUGUAUUGUAUAGACGCCCGAUACUAUGGCAACAUCAGCCGAUUCAUCAACCACCUGUGCGACCCAAACCUCAUCCCCGUACGUGUGUUCAUGCUGCACCAGGACCUGAGAUUCCCCCGCAUUGCCUUCUUCAGCUCCAGAGACAUUCUCAGCGGACAAGAGCUGGGAUUCGACUAUGGAGACCGCUUCUGGGACAUUAAGAGCAAGUACUUCACCUGUCAGUGUGGAUCAGAGAAAUGCAAACACUCAGCCGAGGCCAUCGCCUUGGAGCAGAGCCGACUGGCUCGACUGGAGGCUUGUCCAGAAUCGGGAGCAGACUGCGGGAUGACGAUGCUGGGAAACUCUUAAAACACUUAACCAUGGGGCCUUUGGAUUAACAUCAUUGAUUUCAAUGGAAAGACACCUUGAGGGUUUUAUCAUGUUUAAGAUUCUGAUUUUGAUGCAUGGUGCUGUUUUUUCUACUUGAAAUACCCUUUUUUUUUUCUCCCAGACUGGCCACCUUAAAGCUGAUCAUUUCCCCCUCUGGUAGAGGGCAUGGGCCUUAACAUACUUUUUAACUGUGUGGGCAUAAAACACAACAACCUGGGUUUCUGUACAUAUGGUAUGUUUACUGUACAUCACUAUGUUUGUUUGCCUUGACACAUGAAGUGAGUCUGCCAUCAUGUUACUGUCAUACAUAUGUAUUUUUUUCUGUUGUGCCAAAUUAAAUAACGCAAUGCAUUUUUGAUACAGUACAGUAAUGGGUCAACCCUUAGCCCAUCCUGGACUCAAUAAGGACCUGAGGGACAGUGUUGUGUUUUAAUGAUUGUUAGCUUUAUUUUCUUUAUUUUUAUACGCGCUGUUUUCUUUAUCAGAUUUAGUGUAAUAAAUUAGUCCAUGAGAUGAUCUUUGGGCUCUCUUAUUAAGUGUGUCAUUCUCGUUUUAAAGCUGUGCUCACUGGUUUACAGUAUCACAAGUAACCCCAUAAUCCUGCCCUUUCUCCUAUGUCAUUUUUAUAUAAAGAAUGUAGGUUGUCAAGUUUUCAAAGAGAGGUGAGCUGUCAUUAAGACUGUUGUAAGAUAGUGUAUUAUUGUGUUAUUAUCAGCAGGGGGCAUUUACAAGCCACAAUGUGACACCAGAGAGAGAUGUGAAAGGAAGAUGUCCCACUCUGCCAAUAAUUCUGUGUCCACAAGUCUCUUUGAAUUGCAGACAGGGACUUCUAGUUCACUGAAAAAAGAGUUCCGGUCAUAAAUAGCUUUUUCUCACAUAUACAUAUAUCAAGCCUAAUGAUCACACUUAUUUUUUUCAUCAAAUGAGGAGCUACUUUCAGGAAGUCUUUAAAUCAUGAGACACUUUUACCACACACUGUUCAUCAUAGACAUAUUCGUUACUAAAUUUAGGUAACUUGAUUAAGCACAAGUAAUUUACAUGCAAGAGCAAGAUAAGCUGAGAUAAUAAAGGUGGAUUUUAACACAGAGCCUCACUAUAGGUAAGGACAUUAAGAUCAUAAUGGCAGUGUCCCCUUAAAGCACCAAUCAUUUCACUUUAUAUUGUGCUUUAAUGAUGCAUACCAUUUUAUUAAGGCACUUGUAAAUCAUCAGAUUACCACAAACACUACACAGUGAAAGUGGAAUCUCUGGGACCCCUGAGAGACAUGGGCAGCUGUGAAAGAAGUAUUUAGACCUUUGAUGUCAGUGAAACGGCUUUGGGGGACAUUGAACACCUAAUCUGCAUUUUUGUGAUUUUUUUUUACACACCAAUUUGUUUUUUUCUACAUCAAUUCAUGGUGGAAAUGUCUUUAAUUUUUGUCAAAGUUUAAGUUUCUUCUACUUUCAUGGUUUUAUUGGUGUGGACAAAUGCACAUGUUCUAAAUAUUAAGAGGGACUUGCUCCCUGCAUCCCCCCGAAAUGUAUGCCUAUGCAUAUUAUACUGAUGGAUAAU